AUGUUACUUCGUUCUGCGAGUGAAUGGUCAGCUGGGAUCAAAGUAACCGAUUUUUCCAUACAAAAUGCUUACGUUCAAUUGAUUGACGCAGCCAAAUACUACAUUUACAUCGAAAAUCAGUUUUUCAUUACCAUCGAUCAAGAUCCUCAAGUUAAAAACCAAAUUGGUGAUGCUCUGUAUAGACGAAUACUUCGUGCACACACAACUCGUACAAACUUUCGUGUCUAUGUUGUGUUACCAUUAUUACCUGGUUUCAAUGUGGAAAAUGCUGUUGAAGCUGUUCUGUAUUUUAUAAUGAGAUCAAUAGCUAAAGGUGAUAAUUCGUUAUACAGUAGAUUAGAAAAAGCAGGGGUUAAACCAGAUGAUUAUAUUACAUUUUAUGGUAUGCGCGGAAACGAUAUUCUCAUGGGAAGAUUGGUAACAGAAAUUAUUUAUGUUCAUUCAAAAUUGAUGAUUGUUGAUGAUUGCUGGUGUAUAUGUGGUUCAGCUAAUAUUAAUGAUCGUUCAAUGUUAGGUGAUCGAGAUAGUGAAAUGGCCAUUGUUAUUCAAGAUAAACAAUAUGAAAGAGGUAUAAUGAAUGGGGAACCGGUGCUAUGUGGAAAAUUUUGUUCAAGUUGGAGAAAAAAACUAUUUGGAAUGUUGUUAGGUAUUCAGCAUGAAAAUCCAGAUAAUAUUGAUAUGAGUGAUCCCGUGUCGGAUAAAUUCUAUAAUUUUUUUCGUGAAACAGCACAUCAUAAUACACUUAUUUAUGAAGAAGUGUUUUUAGCAUUGCCAAGUGAUCGUGUUCGACUAAUUACAAGAGAUAAAGAAUAUUUAGACACACCAAAAAUGGCUGAUACGGAUCCAGAAAGAGCUUAUCAACGUUUAAAAGAAAUAAAAGGCCUUGUGGUAGAAAUUCCAUUGUAUUUUCGUCAUGAAGAAAAUUUUAUGCCAUCGAUAACGACAAUGGAAGGUAUUGCCCCAAAUAUUAUGUGGACUUAA